AUGGUUUUGCUUACAGAUGAAUAUACUAAAUGCCAUCAGAUACUUGAAAAAUCAAUGUUUUUAAAUCAAUCUAAGAAAAAAGUAAAAUCCUGUUCUAUAUAUCACAUUCAGUCUUCACAUAUAUAUAAAAUAAAAAAGCAAGAGAUUAAUAAUCAUAAUGAUCAAACUGAUAAUGAUGAUAAUCAAGAAGAAAUGAUUCUUUUAGAAAAGUUACUAUCAAAACUGUAUGAUGAAAUAUGUGCUAUUACCUCUAAUAACUAUAUAGAAAAUAACAAUAUGGGAAUAGAAUUUUCAUAUAAAGAAAAUCAACCAAAUGUAACAGUUAAUAUUGAAAGUAUUGAGAAGUUAGAAAAUUAUGAAAAUAGUGAUAAUAAUGACUCAGAUGAUUUAUAUGAAAACUAUGAGCUAUAUCUUACUAAAGCAUUUGAAAUUGUACAAGAGCAAAAGGCAAAGAAAAUUAUAAAUAGGCAAAAUCUGUAA